AUAAUGGGGUAAGGCAACACGGAAGAAGCAAGAUGGCCAUCAACAGGUCGAGAGAACAGAUGAGGGGAGGGAAGAAUUUAGGGGGCUUUUUGAGCCGUAUUCAGGGUGCGAUCGCUGAAGCGGUCUCCCCUCCGAAAUUAGUAGUGGAUAAAAAAACAAUCGAGAAAUCAUGGAAGCUCAUGGACAAGGUGGUAAAGCUGUGUCAGCACCAAAAGAUGAACCUAAAAAACUCGCCUCCUUUCAUUUUAGACAUUUUGCCCGACACCUAUCAACAUCUGAGACUUGUCUACACAAAGUAUGAAGACAGGUUACACCUUCUCAAUGACUGUGAAUACUUCAGAAUCUUCAUUGAGAACCUCAUGAACAAAUGCAAACGGACAAUAAAGCUAUUCAAAGAUGGGAAGGAGAAAAUAUUCGAUGAAAAUUCUCACUAUCGGCGAAAUCUGACAAAACUUAGUUUGGUUUUCUCACACAUGUUGGCUGAGUUGAAAGCGGUUUUCCCAAAUGGUGCGUUUGCAGGCGAGACUUUCCGGAUCACGAAAUCAGACGCCGCUGACUGGUGGAGACGGUCAUUUUGCAGCAGGCGAGGGCCGGUGGAUGAAGACAAUAUGGAAGCAACAGCAAUGGUGAUAGUUCCAUGGAAGAUCUUCCGCCAAAUGCUGAAUGAUACUCACCGCAUCAGUUCACCGCUCGAAGCCAUGGCACUCAAAUCAACGAUAGACCUCACGUGUAACGAUUACAUUAGCUGCUUCGAAUUCGAUGUCUUCACAAGAUUAUUUCAGCCCUGGUCCAAUUUACUGCGGAACUGGAAUGUGCUUGCUGUUACGCAUCCGGGUUACGUGGCGUUUCUCACAUAUGACGAGGUCAAGGCGAGGUUACAAAAGUACAUCAACAAGCCGGGAAGUUAUGUUUUCCGAUUGAGUUGUACACGGCUUGGCCAGUGGGCGAUUGGCUAUGUGACAGUGGACAAACAGAUCCUGCAGACGAUACCCCAGAAUAAAUCGCUGUGUCAGGCGCUGCUGGAUGGUCAAAGAGAAGGAUUCUAUCUAUUUCCCGACGGUCGCAACAUCAACCCCGACCUGAGCAACCUGGUAUACGACGUUCCCGAGGACCACAUCCAAGUGACGCAAGAGCAGUACGAGCUCUACUGCGAGAUGGGCUCCACGUUCCAACUCUGUAAGAUCUGUGCUGAGAAUGACAAGGACAUCAGAAUCGAGCCGUGUGGCCAUCUUUUAUGCACUCCUUGCUUGACUUCUUGGCAGGUAAGGUCGUUGGAAAGUGAUGGCCAGGGCUGCCCGUUUUGCCGCACAGAAAUCAAGGGCACAGAACAAGUGAUUGUCGACCCGUUUGACCCGACCAAACUGCACGCACGGGAAAGUGAACAAGGCCAGCGAUGUGUUCAAGUUCAUCUUGACAUGAUGGAAGAUGAUGACGUGUCUUUCGAGGAGCCCUCCCAAUGGCUCACCUCCGCGAGUCUCGCCAUUGGGCUGACCCCUCGAGAACAGUCAAGCAGUGCUAGAUCUUCUCCGUUUACUUCCCCGGGCAUUUCACCCACGACUGUGCGUCGUGAUCUUCCACCCCCGGUGCCCCCUAGACGCGUCUCGCCCAUGUCUUCACCGCUGACGUCACCGCAUACUUCCCCAAAAAUACCAAGGAGAGUUCUGCCUCCAGCGCCUCCCGAUGACGAUACAUCCUCGCCAACGCCACCUGUCCCCGAGCGGACAAGUCGACAAAACUCGGCGGAAAUAUCAGCUUCUACUUCCUCUCUAUCCAAUAAAAAUGGUGCUCAUCAUCUUCCCGAGGUGCCGCCCCCACCUUUCAGUGACAAACGCGUCGACGUACCGCUAGUGCCAACGGGAAAUCUCAUCGAUUUGGAUGACGAAUCGGACCAUGAGGAAUUCGUCGACGCAGAAGAUCGAGAUUCGAAUGAAAACGACACAAAGAUAACACUUCGAUCUGACACGGCGAUUGAAAAUAGUAUAAAUUCUCGUCAUCGGACGCCGAGUGACUAUGACUUCCCUCCACCCAUACCGCAGCAGCGGCCGAAUAAAUUACCUUGCCCGUUACAGGAUCAGAAACAGAGAUCACCGUGGCGACAAGAAGCACCACCGCCGCCGAGGAAGUUACGCGAGAGCCAAGAAUUAAAUAAAGAAAAUACGACAAACUCCGAGGACAUUUCGGAAUUGUUUAUCCAAGAACUGGUGGCGGAGGGUCAUGACAGGCACGCAGCGGGACGGGCGCUCACAGUCACGAAAAACGAUCCAAGAAUGGCGCGGAACUUACUACGCGAGUUUAUGCCAAGGCAUUGAUUGUGUAGUCGUAUUAUUUUUAGUGGAAAUUAAAAAAUUAUUGCUGUUUUACGUAAUCUACCUAAACGUACAGAAGUGGUCCUUCAGAGAUGCUGAACUGUGCUAUUUACAUUUUAGAGGUUUGAGAGGGCAGGUGGGGCGGUAUGGUUUGACAUAGAUGUGACAAUUUUUGGCAAAACUAUCAGCUGUUUCGAGAUAUCUCUCCAUAACAUAAUGAUGCUUAAACUUAUGAUGUAUAGCUGCUUUUGUACCAUAUCUUCAGGUUUUAUCCCAAAAUAUUCCACAGGUAUUUAGCUUGGCAAGAAAAAACGUCUCAUAUCCAAGUGAAUUCGACAUUGAUUGUGCAACAUUGAUGAUGUUGUGUCACACCAUCCUCAAGAAUCCCGCCAUACUCAAGAGAACAAAAAUAGUUUAUCUAUCGUCGAGUGAGCUGCGAUAUUCGCUCGCACGCACACUGGCAGCGAUACAAUUAUGUAUGAUGUCAGAAUGAUGUCAUUUUGUAAACAAAGAUAUCUAUUAAUUCAAGAAGGAACGCCUCACUCAAGAGUACAAAAGUGGUUUACUAAUAUGAGUCAGCGCUUGAGUAUUUACCGAGCAAAAUAUGUUUUAUGAGAUAUCAAAGUCGGUGCGUUGCCUCUUUAUGGAUUCAAGGCCUGGUCUGGUGUCUUCACACCGGAUGAGAAUGGCUCUCUGUGUGAUCUUUGCUUCGUACUUACUCGCACUGUGGCCUACAUGAUAACUAAAGCAAAGCAAUCUGUGCUGGAUCAAAACCAAGCUAUUUAUCCACCCGCAAAAUGGACACUCACAAACCUUGCUCUCUUAAAGUAGAAGUGUCUUGCCUUGUCUUACCAAUCCAAUGUAUAUUUCUAUGUAUAUUUUUCAUAUAACUGACACUAUAAACUUCUGGUGAUAAUAUAUUGUUAUUCAGAUAUGAAAAAUUCAACUCAAUUAGGUAGAACUUGACUUGUCUAUUUGUAUGGUUUUCUGUACUUUCAUGUACAGUAGUACCACUCGGCUUGGGGUGGACUUGACUGUAUUUGUAUAGUUUUCUGUACUUUCAUGUACAGUAGUACCACUCGGCUUGGGGUGGACUUGACUGUAUUUGUAUAGUUUUCUGUACUUUCAUGUACAGUAGUACCACUCGGCUUGGGGUGGACUUGACUGUAUUUGUAUAGUUUUCUGUACAUUCAUGUACAGUGGGACCGCUCAGCAUGGGGUGGACUUGACUGUAUUUGUAUAGUUUUCUGUACAUUCAUGUACAGUGGGACCGCUCAGCGUGGGGUGGACUUGACUGUAUUUGUAUAGUUUUCUGUACAUUCAUGUACAGUGGGACCGCUCAGCGUGGGGUGGACUUGGAAGUAUUCAAGAUACUGCUCAUUCUAGUUUUCAAUAUACAAUUCAAUUGAAACUCAGUAGUUUUCUUAACAUAAUUCAUGAUAAUUAAGUAUAACCGAGAAAAAAACAGAAAUACACCAAGAGUUUUAAUCGGUGAAUUGGUGUUCAGAGGUACGUCAGACCGCUAUAUCUAAUUCUAAUUCUCAUAUUCCCUCAGCUUUCCUCUUGAUGCUCUCAUGGUAAAAACAGCGGGAAACAUUCAAUUUCUAGAAAUGUUAAAACACCGCGGGAAAAGGUUCACUUUCUAGAAAUGUUAAAAAUACUUUAUUGUUAAUUGGUUUUCUGUUUUUGGCUUUCAAGACUGAAGUCGCGAGCGAAGGUCAAACUUGGCGUCAACUCAUGCGUCGCGCGUCUUGUGAAAUUCCCCAUUCACUGUUGACAGGUCCGUGUUAGGUUUUUGGUGCCAAAACAAUAGGCAUUAGUUCAAUUGGUGUUAUGCAUCAGUAAGCAACCUGGGGGCCUCAUACGCUGCAGGGUUGCGGUGAUUCCCUGUCUUUAAUCGCUCCGGUCCUCUCGGAGAUGCACCCCCGGGUCUGUCACAGCGACAGGGGAUUAUCAUUGUUGGUGUUAAGGCACGCGGCGUGGGACGUUGACGCCACAGCUGAUUAAGAUGCCCCGUCAUCUGAGUGAAUGAUAUAAUGAUGGUGCAUAAACAAUCGGGAGAGUUUGGUGUCCAUUUUGCUGUGGGUGCUUCAUGACGAAUAUCGUAUCUAACUUAGUUCUGCUCCGCCAAUUUUUGCAGAAGAAAAAGUGUGAUAUGUUUAUGAAGUUGUCCUCACAAAAUCUAUUGGGCAGCUGUGGAUUGUGUAUUGGGUGGUUGUACAUUGAUCGUACUGAUAACAGAUUAUUGCAGUUGGAUAAUGCAGGUUUCUUCAGCAUUUGCUCUGCACGUGCAGGUGAUUUUCUCCAGGGACUAAAUCCUCCAUGGCAGAAUGAACAUUGGUGCAUGAAAUGAUAACAUUUUUGAGCAAUGUGUGAACGUUCAAUAAAAUCCAAAUUCAGUAUUUUCACGGUGAACUAUGGCUGAGCAGGGCAGGAACAGUUCCUGGUGGCCUUAUAGUUGGGGUGAUCUCAGCAUGUCGUAUGUUUCAUGUACUCCACAGCAAGAUGGAGUGCCAAUUCUCCCUGGUCGUACAUAAGGUGUGAUAAUAUGUGGUUGUUUUUGUCUUAAUGAUGAAUGAUGAGCAAAGUUUUAGUUCUUAGUGUGGUUAGUGAUUUAUUUUACACCGAUGAGAAAGAUUAUGGUUAAUAGAGUUAGGCAUGUCUUCGCAAUCUGCAGUCUUUGAAUGACAGUUUCAACUUGUUUCAUGGGAAAAAAUUAUGGAAAAAAGAAAUUUUGAGCUGCUGCAUUUCAUAGCUUUUAGAAUGUUCUUGACAGACACCUUUCUAAGUUUAAGUCCAAAAUUUAAAAAAAAAUCUAAUGCAAAAAUUACAGCAAGAUUUUUUUGCCCAUCUGAACUCAAAUCGUCACGAUAGAUAGCAAAAACGUGCCUAAAUCUGAUUGAAUGAAACAAACGUGUUCCCAUUCAUUUCGUAAUUGUAGUACUAGUGGUAGAGCUACGUGUAAUUAGUAAUUUUAAUUUAUUUUUGAUGGCUUAUUUCUGACGCUUUUGCUGCAGUGUGGAAAAACGUUCUUCCACAUUUUGUACAUACCCUUGUAUAUUUUUCAUAAUUCGUUCUCGAGUAAAAAGUAAUAAUAAUCUUCCAGAGUCUGAAAACUUUCAUGCCAACUGAAAUUUAAGUCCUUAUGUAAGUUCUUCUACGCACUCUGCUAACAAGCAGUUUUAGUCGCUGUGACUUUGUAUCGCAAGGGAUACGCAAUAAGUUUCCGCAUCAGGGUGUUAUCAUAGAGACUACAUCGUGAUGUUUCAGCAUGAAGCCUUUAGAAAAUUGUUUCAGAAAAGUAUAACAGCUGAUCUUUUUUGGUUCGCACAGAAAUAAGUUUUAUGAAUAUUUUUUGCAUACAAAAUAUCUAACUAAUCAUUGAUGUAUAUUAUGAUUAUGAACAAAAUAUUUGUGUUUUCAGAUCAAAUUUAUCUGAAAAGCUGUAAUUGUAAGAAUUUCCAUUUUAAUCAUGUCAGCAGCUCAAACUUUAUUAUCAUCAACCUGGCCACCCUCAUUGGGAAAAUGAGUUGUUCUCUUAUCAAGAGAAUGCUCUGUUAGGAACUACCCAUGUUCCUUUUGCGGGGGUGAGAGGUUCAGAUGUAAUUGUGAAUAUACUUCUCCAUCAUAUUCUGAAAUAUUCUACCACCCUCGAAUAGCAAAAUGGACUGUUCCAUUGUCAGGAAUUACUUUUUUAGCAACAUACCAUUUUCGGGUUCAAAUAUCAUGUAAUUGUCGAAAUAUUUCUCCAUCACAUAUUUUCAUAAUCUGCCAAUUUCUGAACAUGCUUGUAAAGAUUUUGUUUUUUAUAUUUUCGUUUUCAAUCAUCAUGUUUCUGUUCGUGUUCUCGAAAUUUGGAAUAAUCAGUUCUUAUUGGUCCUGUAAUUUGUCUGAUCAAAGGAUGUCAUAUUGUAAGAAAUAAUCGUUGCAUGAAGUUGAUAAUGACGUUGGGGGCAAAAUGAUUCUACAGCAGACUCCAAGUUAGGCGACUCAAAAUUCUCACUCAUUAAUAUUUACAGUAUCCUCGUUGCCAUUCAAAUCCAUUGUCAACUUCACCCAACGAAAACUAAAUUAGAUGUUAAUUAGAUGAUAAUUAUAUUAAUAUUAUGCAGACAAAUGCAAACUGAGUGAUGUCGAUGUGUUCACCCGAAAUCUGUCAAAAUCCCUCGGAAAUGUCUCGGCUUAAACAAACAUUGAACUGUAAUUACUAAUUACCCUAAUUGCUGACAACUGCGAUGUUUAUGACAUAAAAACGAGCAGCGCUGUCUGCUGAGUAUAUUUUCUACUAUAUGUAUGAUUUUGAAGGCAUUUGAAGAAAGCAACAGUGAGUAAAUGACAAUUUGAUAUUGGCCACGUUUACUGACAACUUGUCACAAGGCAAAUAAGGCCCAUGUCCCAAACUGAUAUGGCUUUUUCCCAUCAACUGAGUUUGUUUUCUGAAAUAUGUAAAUGAGAUAGAGUUGUUGCGUGUACACGUUAUUUACAACUCUGGCGUCAAAUUUGGAGUUGAAUGACAGCAAGACAUCUAGCUUUGGUCUCAUUUUGUUACAGGUUUUUUUUCGGGACAUCCUGUAGUUCCUGUCAUCCAGCAUUGUACCAUCCUCCUUAAGCAGGCUUUUCGAUCAUUUCUAAAACACUGUGACGCAAAGAUUUGUUAGUGUUUUUUUGGAACAACACUAAGGCCUCCUGUAUGUGGAUGCUUGGUAUCUUGGGAAGACAAUUUCGGCAGAUUUCGGGUGAUAGAAAUAUAAAAUACUGUUACUAUUAUGAGGUGCUUAUACAGUUGCUAUGGCAAGAGGAGCGUGGAAUCUGGGUAUAUUGAAAACCUGGGUUCCAAGUUCCUGGUGCAUUUUGUGUUUGAAUUUAACCUGGAAUCCAGGUUCGACGUAGAGUAAAGUUAAACGUUAAAGACUUGUCAACCUCGAUUCCAGGUUAAAUAUGCUUAGGUCCCGUGUAAUUGAAGUUAUUGAAGUUAAAUUAGUAAAAGGUAGGGAAAGGAGCCUUGGGACCAGGUUUGCCCUGACCUCACUUCCAGGUUGUAUAUGUGUUAUGAGAUAACGUUAGAUGCAUUGGUAGUCUUCACGGAGCUCCACAGUAUCCUUGAAUCUAACGCUACAUUCAAGUUUUCUGUACCGAUAUUGGUAUUUUUAGUCCGCUUUCACAAAUUUGUAUAACAACUUUAUAGAUACACGCCAUAAUAAAGUAGAUGAGAAAUUCAUAAAAAUCCAAAAUUUAGAUGUCUCAUAAUAUGUCAUGAGACCCCCCCCUUCAACAACAGCCUGGCAUUCUUUUCAAUACUUUACUAUAUUACCUCUUUCUGAUGUUCCAACUCUGCAGACUAUUAUAGCAUACAGGGUGCUCCAAAAUACUAUUCAUACGUGUAUUUUAUGUAAUGUGCAAUUCAAAGCUUACUAAAGUAUAAUCUAUUUAUUGCAUCAUCUUAGUGGCUAUUGCAAAGACUGUAUCAUCAUGCUAAAGUGGUCUUCCUAAACAGCGUCCACGAGCGUCCAGCAAGGUUUAAAGUGUUCAGAAUGGUUCAUGGGCCAUAAACAUAAUAUAUGCAGGCCAUUUGUACAUUUCCUGAAAGUUCCAUGGCAUUGGGGUCGACGUAAGGGAGUUGUUGUCUAAAAUUACAAAUGUCAGGUCACCCAGCUGGCGGCCAUCUUGGAUUUCACUGAGGAAAUGAUAGGGCUUUCUGAGUUACUGGACGUUGUUAUUUUUGACAAUCACUCUCUUAUCUUAGAUCCAAAUGUCAUGAAAUUUUCAGGAAAUGCGUCUGAUGAUCUAUUUAUUUUGAUGACUUUAAACCUGACUUGUUGCUGGUGGACGCCAUUUCGGACGGCCGUGCUAAAUUAGCAGUGUCUAGUUCUACAAAAAUGUACAUUAAUUCAUCACAAAUUAUAAUCAUAUUAUGGGUAUAAACCAUAAAACUAACAGCCCGUCUUCUCCAUGGGGAUAUAGCAUUAAUGUAACAGCAUAUUAGUUCCCUGUUAUUUAUAGAGAAUAACAUAAAGGUUAUUUCUGUACAUUCAUUAUUAAUUAUUAUCUCAUCCUACUAAUUAAGGAAAUAUUUUGAAGUAAAUAA